AAUUUUCAUUGCAGACCUCACUUUAGUUAUAUCAUCCAUCAGUCUAGUUUACAAGAGCAAAAUUCUUCGCUGCCAUGCGGUGACGCCAUCUUACCGGCCACGUCUGUAUAUCGAUAUGUCCACGACUGCCAUAUAUUUCUCUUUAUCGGAGAUAACCGUUGUCAACGUACCUCGUAAGCCGGUAGCAGUAGAAAACACGAGUGUCACCGCUUUCAAUAUCCUAAUCAGCGGUACGUAAACGAGAAGACACCAAGGAUGUCUCGGUUGCGUGCGAGCGUGCUGAUCUGCGUCCUCGCGCUCUGCGUGUGCCAGCACGUUCACGCCGCUGUCGAUACGAACCUCGUGGACCCGGACUUGGUGGUGAGGAAUGUCGAACGGCACAUCGACUUGCAGUCGCAGCUAACGAAGAUCACGAGCCGUGUGGUCCUGGACAACAACAGCAAGGACCGCGCCACGCAGAGCUUCCUCUUCUGUUUGACCAGCGCGCAGAGGCACAACUCUCUUAGUUACAUAGCGGCUCGUGUAGAACCCGGUAAGCUGGAACUCAAAAUAACAGAGACUAAGUUGGAAGGUCACCGUGACAAAGUCUUCUUCUCCAUCGAUCUUGCCAAUCAUCUGGCACCUCGUCGCACUCUUACCAUUGAAAUAGAGACUAUACUUACGCACGAGCUUGUGCCACAUCCUAAACAGAUCGCCCAGCAAGAGAAACAGCUAGUCAAGUACAUAGGCAAUGUGUUUGCCUAUCUGCCAUAUGCAGUAGCCAAGCAGACCACCUUUGUAGGAUUACCCUCACGCAACAUCGAGAGCUACACCAAGAUCAAACCAGUCUCGCAGACUGGCUCCGCGAUAGUCUACGGUCCAUUCGACAAGCAGCUGCCGUACGCUCAUGAGGAGCUGACGGUGCACUUUGAGAAUAACAACAAGUUCCUUACUGUGACUAGGUUGGAAAGAACCAUCGAGAUUUCUCAUUGGGGUAACAUAGCUGUUGAGGAACAUAUUGACCUUCUACACACUGGGGCCUUGUUGAAGGGAUCUUUCUCUCGCUAUGAGUAUGCACGAGAGUCAAAAUCUGGACAGGCUAGUAUCCAGAGCUUUGACACCAUCCUACCAGCGGCAGCUUCCGACAUCUAUUACCGGGACGAGAUCGGCAACAUCUCCACGUCGCACACCCGCAUCAAGAAGGACUCUGUGGAGCUGAACCUAAGACCUAGAUUCCCGUUAUUCGGCGGCUGGAAGACUCGCUAUACGAUCGGCUACAAUGUACCAAGUUACGAGUAUCUCUUCCAUUCGGGCGACGAGUACACUCUGGAGAUGAGGCUGCUGGAUCACAUCUUCGACGACAUGGUCGUGGACGAGAUGGUGCUGAAGAUCAUUCUGCCGGAAGGCGCGCGAAACAUGAAACUGGAAUUGCCGUACCCGGCGACCCGCUUGCCAGAUUCCCUGCAUUACACGUACUUGGAUGUCACCGGUCGCCCCGUGGUGUCCAUUACCAAGAAGAAUUUGGUAGAGAAUCACAUCCAGAGCUUCAGGUUCAAGUAUACAUUCCCACGUUUCCUGAUGUUGCAGGAGCCGCUCUUGGUCGCGGUAGCGUUGUACCUGUUGUUCCUGUUAGUAAUUACAUACGUCAGGUGGGACUUCUCCAUCGAUAAGGACGAGGCAUCGGAGAGCAAGCUGCGGAUCGCCGGCCAAUGCGAAAAGAUACUGGCUGCUCAGGAUCGCCGGAUCAAUUCAUACAACGACCUGGACGAUCAGUUGACGUGUCUGAAGGCCAACAAGGAUGCCAAUGCGUUCCUCGCCGCGGUGAAGGGCAUCAACCAGGAGUACAAGGCCGCCACCGGUGCGCUGAAUGAGAUCUCGCAGAAGUUGAAAGGUGAAUCCGGCGAUGUGUAUGAACGCGUGCAGGAACUGCAAAAAUGCGAUCGGUCAUUGAAAGAGCUCUACAAUCAGCAGCAGACUUUAUACGUGGAUAAGCUGGUUCCUGGCAAGAUCGGUCGGCAGCAGUUCGUCGAGGCGGAGUCGGCGAUCGCGAAGAAGAAAGAGGAAUGCGCUGAGAAGAUCAACGCGAUCGUGAAGUCGCUGCAGUAAUCAUACUUUAGCGAGUCAAGACACUUGAUUAGAACAGAGAGAAGCAGAGAGAGAAAACAACGGUGUGUUUGUGAUAUAACAACAUUAGACAUUAUUAUGUUCCAUACGACAAUGUUAACAAAUUUCAUUUACGAAAUGGAAGAAGUUGAACAAAGGAUUCCAUGCAUUUAAUGCGCGUUACACCGCGAGGGGAACUCUAUAACUAUCAUAAGUUAAAAUUUAUAAUAAAUAUUUAGAAAAGAAAAAA